UAAAUUGUAAUCAAAAUAAAAGAAAUCAGGCUAGGCGAGAACUUAAUAGGUAUAAUAUGCAUCGCAUAGCAAGAAAUAAUAUUGCUAUAGAGAGUAACUACCUCGGAGAGUUAAACCAUAAUUGUCAGUAUUGCAGUGCAAAGAAGUUUUUAAAUAAAACUCAUUUUUUGUGCUGCCAUUCAGGAAAAGUUGUAUUAGCUCCUCUUUCUCUUUAUCCGCCAUUGUUGACUGGUUUAAUGACAGGAAACCAUGUUGAUCAUGCUGUAAAUCAAAAUUUUUUUAAACACAUAAGGAGUUAUAAUUCCUCUUUUUUAAUUUUCUUUUAUUUAUCUCUAGCUGCUGCUUCUUCUGUUACAAGCUCGAAGUCAUGGGAAGAUUUCCGAAAGUAUCGCUCCCAGCAUCCAGGCCCUCUAUCUAUGAGGGCCUUCCAUCGCUGGUGUUUGUAUGGGGACGACCAUCCCUCCUUUAGAUGGAGGGAUGGCACCCCAUACAACACGGGGAAUAGAGCGGAUGCUGGGAGGAGAAGACAACGCGGCUCAAAAGUUGUCAAUAAUUUUUUUUACAUUUUAAAAUGUAAAGAAAUUGACAACUUUUGAGCAACUUCAUUUU